UAGUUGUAUAUAUAGGCUAGAUUUGUAAAUUCGACUUUACUAAAUAUGAGCAAACACGCAGACACUCCACAGAUCAAGGAGGUCAAAGCUAAGAAGGUUCGAAUAGCGAGAAAGACGAGAAAAUCCAGUCGCGUUAGCGACUGUGAUGAAAAUAAUGUCGGAGAGAGUACCCUCUUCUCUCGAGUUCUUUUGGAACCUGGUCAGAGAAGUUGGGAAACUGUUUCUGACAAUCACCGGGAUUCGAGUACGAGUGAAGUUGUAGAAGUUAGUGUAAUGAAUUCGUUGAAAGAAGUUGACCACGAGUACGACGGCGAUAGAUAUCAGGAGUUGUCUCUAUUCGUAACGCCUCCCCAAGGACCUCGGAGCAGCAUAAGAAACACAAGAGGCAGACGGUUAACUCCCUUCGCCCGCGCCCCUUUAGAAGAAUCGAGUCCAGAAAUGGACGAUGAGGCAAGCAAAACUAGUAACAUCAGCAACCAGAGUUUUUCUGGUUGGGAAAUGGAAACCCUCCGGGAAACCCCGAACCUUCCCAAAUCAGCGAAAAUUAAAGAACUGAUGCAUGAAAACCUUCUGCAACUAGGAGUUUCGCCUCCUGUAGCUGCGUCUCCGCUGAGUGUAGUCGAAACGCCUAACAGCAGACUGAUUAAUGCGUUGGAUCUUGGAGACUUCGUGAGUAAUGAGUCACCAAAACCUGCUGAUGAAGAGAAUGAUCAAUCAUGUCCAGCUCAAGUUCCAAUUUUCUUGGUCGAGAAUGCAGCUGACAACGAAGCUCCUCUGUUUGCUGAAAAUAUGUCGAAAAGCAAAGAUAACAAAAGCUUGGAUGCAGGUGAUCCGAAAGAUGCUAGUUCUCGGAGUAAAUCUGAUUCGACUGCCGAAAAUGAUUUUCCCAAACUUGAUGAAAAUAUUUUGAUUGAUGAGGAGAAUAAUAAUCUGACUGAACCAAGUGUUCAGCAAGAUCUCAACGGUGCUGUAGAGGCUUCAGAUGUGAAUGUUAUCACUGCUAUGCGUGAUCAUGAGCACCAAGGGGAAACUGCGGUAGUUCUGCGUACACCUGAGAAACGUGGAAAGCUGGCGCCCCCGAUGAGGCCGAAGAAACCAAAAAGGAGUACGAUGGAAGAAAUUAUAGACGUUUCGAACUCUCCGAAUCGAGAUGAGCCCAUUGAUGAGAUCGAAGAAACAUAUGAAGAAUUGGGCGCGGUUGGCAGUCAUGAACAAAUGGAGGGAAAGGAAGGCGAGUAUGGGAAUAAUGUGGACGAGUGGGUGAAUUGCAGUGGGGCUCCAGUGCCUUUGAUGCAGUCUACGGCAUGUGAUCUGGAUUAUGUGUUGACUAAUGAGGAACAGCAACAAUCUACUGCACUAUCUCUGGAGAAACAGAAGCAAAAUAAGCAGAAUAAGAUGCUGAAAUCUCUGAGGAAGAAACUGUUCGACUCAAUUGUUGUCAGCAGGAGGACACAAGUGAGAAGGAAACGAGCGACAACUAGUUCGAGGAGAAGUCAAAGAAGCAUAGCCUCCCGCAUGUCAUCGUCAUCUCGAAGAUCGUCACGCAGAUGCAGAGUAUUAGUGUCGUCGUGUUCUUCAAUGAGCAACAAAAAGGGAGUGAGCAGACUGGGAGGAGGGGGAAAAACACAAGCAGAGGUCAAGUUAGUUCAAAAGAGCAGCAGGCACUCUGAAGAGGCUGGUCGUGAUGAAGGGGAACAAAAUUUGGCCAGUGGAGAAGCAGGUGGCAAAGAUGGACAAGGGCAAGGUAUAGAGGGGUGGAAAGAUAGGGAACAAUUUAAGAAUUUGCAGAGGAUCAAAAGUCAGAAACAGAGAGCUCUGUCCACUUCAGAAUUGCUUAAUAACAGUCCACUAAAGUUCUUUCUGGACAGCGACAAGUUCCAAAGCUUCACUAUUGCACCUUGUGUUGUCGCGGUCGCCAAUGUUCAACCUCAGGUCAUCUCAUCGGGAGUUCUUGCUAGUGGUCCAGCCAAUGCUCUGGACUAUGGCUCCAAUGGAGUGAAUAUAUGUCCGUUAACCCUGAUGGCAAAAGAGUUGCUGUCAGCUAAGGCGUCUGCAGGGGAAUUAAGCGAGCGACUGACAAAUGAGUGUCGUGAUAGAUGUCUAUCUAAACUAAAUCACAACAAGCAACAACGGCGGGUUGAUUUUGAUGAAAGUGAUAGCCUGUGACAAAAUGAGACAUGAAAUAACUUAAAUUUGCUGAAAUUGAAGUGUAAAUAUAAUUGAUGUGCAAUUCAGAAGUGCAUAAGGAAAACCAAUGAAAUGGACGUUUUUCGCUUCGCCCUACAACACAGUGAUCAUAGAGCUGUAUUACUCACAAAACUGAUUUCGUGAAAUUAUGUUAGCUUGCGUUUAUGUGAACGCAAUAAAAUGGGAAAAGCGCGACAACUGUGAAUGCUUUAAGUGCUCUUUAAAUGACAUAUAGCAAGCGAAAAAUUUUUUUUCAUCAGAUAAAUUUGAGCCUUCCAAUAAUGGUGCUAUUAGGAACGUAAAUACUAUUAUUUAGCAUGAUUUAUGUUUUUACUGGUUAAUUCUUCUUGUUGGUGCUAAUUUUUGACUUGAAGUUACAGUUAAUAUGCGUUAAUUUGAGCCUUAAUAAAAAAAAUUUUGCAAUGA